CCCACUUGUCCCCCCGCCCGCGCACCCUCGUUCCGCGAGCCGGACCACACCACACAAACGCGAGCCCCUCCCCGGCUCGACGCUACGAACCCAGUAGCGAGCGACAUCCCUGGCAAAACCCAGGACCGCCUGAUCUCAUAUCAUGGCCGUCGCCAGGCUGGUGGCCGCGCCAUUCCCUAUCGCCGCCUCCCGCGCCCGCGCCCCGCCCGCGCGCCUCGCCUUCGCGCCGCUCCCGAUCUCCACGCGCCGCGCCGCCGUGCCCGUCCUGCGCGUGGCCUCCGACGGCAGGGCCGACGCCGCGGAGGUCGACGAGGCGAAGGAGGCGCGGAUGGCGGUGUCGGAGCGCAAGGCGAGGAAGGAGUCGGAGCGGCGGACGUACCUGGUGGCGGCCGUCAUGUCCAGCCUCGGGAUCACCUCCAUGGCCGCCGCCGCCGUCUACUACCGCUUCGCCUGGCAAAUGGAGGGAGGCGAGAUUCCGGUGACGGAGAUGUUCGGCACCUUCGCACUAUCCGUGGGCGCCGCGGUGGGGAUGGAGUUCUGGGCGCGGUGGGCGCACCGCGCGCUGUGGCACGCCUCGCUGUGGCACAUGCACGAGUCCCACCACCGGCCACGCGACGGGCCAUUCGAGCUCAACGACGUCUUCGCCAUCGUCAACGCCGUCCCCGCCAUGGCCCUCCUCGCCUUCGGCUUCUUCAACCGCGGCCUCGUCCCGGGACUCUGCUUCGGCGCGGGGCUCGGGAUCACGCUCUUCGGGAUGGCCUACAUGUUCGUCCACGACGGCCUCGUCCACCGCCGCUUCCCCGUCGGACCCAUCGAGAACGUGCCCUACUUCCGGCGAGUCGCCGCCGCGCACCAGAUCCAUCACAUGGACAAGUUCGACAGCGUGCCGUAUGGGCUCUUCCUCGGGCCCAAGGAGCUGGAGGAGGUGGGCGGGACCGAGGAGCUGGAGAAGGAGAUCCAGAAAAGGAUCAAGAGAAGAGAGACCCUAGACGCUAUGCAAUGAGAAGACACCCACUCGUUCGGUGCCCUUGAUCAUAGGUACUCUGCGAUCUUGUCAUUGCGGGAUACAUGUUUUGUCUGAAUGUGGUCUGUUCAUAGAAGAGGAAUCGAAAGUUUAGUUAGA